AUGGUUGACCCAACCUCCAUCAAGGGAGAAAUCCUUGAGAUGACUGGCGAGCAUGUGGAGCAGCUCCAUUCAAUGUGGUCCCUCAUGUUCGAGCCGAAGACAUGCGAGGACUUUCUGCACAAACUCAAGGCGCACGCGGAUAAUUUCUAUACGGAUCUGCUGACCGAGUCGCGGGAGAAGCAGGCGGCCAUCCUGGAUGACAUAGCCGCACUCCGAGCCGAGGCCAGCGACCUCACCCGACUCCUCCAUGAGACGGUGGACAUUGGUCAGAGGCCCGACGAUGUGCCACUGAUCAUAUGGCAGCUGAAACUGGACAAAAGCAUUGAGCAUCUGCGCGAGGAGCUCUCGAAACGUCGGGCGGAGAUCGGGGAGCUGCUGCUCCAGCAGGAGCAGCUCUGCGAAGAGCUGGGCGCACUGCCGCUCCCUCUACUGGCGGACCCGCUGCCCCUGCCCGAUGAGAUGGACGGCUUUCGCGACCAUCUCGACAACCUGCGCUCUCAGCGCGCAGUGCGCCCUACGGAGCUGGACCAGCUGCGCAAGGCCAUCAAGCAUGACAUGAAGAUGCUCGAGCUGAUGCCCCAGACCGAUGCAGAGGAUCGCCUACUGAACGAUCUGAGCCACAAUCUAACACCAGAGACACUAGAGCGGCUGCGGCAGAUGCGCAACAGUUAUGCCGAGCAGAUCCAGGAGCUGCGCUCCAAAUUCCAUGACAUGCGCGAGAAGAUCUACGUGCUGUGGGAUCGCCUCCAGGAGACGGACGAGAGCGCCAUGCGACGAGUGCGCGAGUGCACCGAGAAUACGCAGCGCACCUAUGACAUCCUCCAUUCGGAGCUGCAGCGCUGCCAGGCACUGCGCAGCCAGAACCUCAAGACGUUCAUCGAGCAGCUGCGCGUCGAGAUAAGCAAGUGGUGGGAUCUAACGCUCAAGAGCCAGCAGGAGCGCAAGCGUUUCUCCAACUACUACAAUAAGUAUUACAACGAAGACCUGUUGGAGCUGCACGAGCUGGAGCUGGAUGAUCUGAAGAGCUUCUACACGUGCAACAAGGAGAUUUUCAAUCUGUACGAGAGCCGUGCAGAACUUUGGUCCCGCAUGCAGGCUCUAGAGGCAAAGGCCAACGAGCCGAAUCGUUUCAAAAAUCGUGGCGGCCAGCUCCUUAAAGAGGAAAAGGAACGCAAGGCCAUCUCGAAGCUGCCCAAGAUUGAGCAGCAGAUCACUGAACUGGUGCACGCCUAUGAGGUGCAAUCGCAUGGCCCGUUUCUGGUUUAUGGCGAGAACAUACUGGAGCUGAUGGCUGGCGAAUGGGAGAACUAUCGGCAGGCCAAGCAGAGCUCGGCCCGCAAGAAGGCCCCGCCCACCACGAGGACGGGCAGCAGCAGCAAAUUGAUGAUGCCACCGCCGACUGCCGGUUCAACGGCCCCUCGCACGCCCCGAACUUUGAAGAACAUGUCCUCAAUGUCGACCUCGACAAUGUCGUUGCGCAAGACCCCAACAAUCCAGCUGAUCACUCCCAAUAUGACCAAGAGCACUGGGAAUCUGCACAAGCGACUAAAUCCAUCAGCACUGAUCACUCCCAAUAUGACCAAGAGCACUGGGAAUCUGCACAAGCGACUAAAUCCAUCAGCAGCCGCCAGCUCUUCGCGGUAUCGGCUGGCCAACAGCCAGCUGAAGGCGUCCAAGUCGCCACUAAAGCGGGUCCGCGUCCUGGACAACACAUUGCGUCGCAGCGGGGGAUUGGGCAGACGCAGCCUUGGCACACGCUCGAAAAAGAAGCCACGCACAAAAUCAGCGGUGCCGGAUACAAGAUCGCCCAGCGAUUCCGAGUAUAUGACCGAUGAGACCACUGAAAAUGACCGCGAAGCCGGGAUCUCCUAUGACGAAUUUGUGCCCACGAGUCGCUCCUCAGUGCUGCCCGUCGGCGGGGCUCAGCAUCAGCGCAAUCGCGUGGCUGUGCCACGAAUUCGCCAUGUCCUCGUAAACCACAAUUCGGUGGCGUCGGCCGCCAACACACCGUCAAAGCAGGCGGUCAAUCAGGAGGAGAGGCCUCGAUUUGGCAAUCAAUUGAAGCUCCCGUCGCCACGUGAAAGUCGCAUGUGGCCGAAUCCACGAUGAGAUUAUCUAUCGAAAUUACUACUAAAAUGUACCUAUAUUUUUGGAAUUUGGAAUUUUUAUUUGCGUUUUAUGUUUGAUUUUAUUUUAUGUACCUUUAUCUGUUUAUCUCUGUUUCAUUUAUUUUCGAUGUUGGCCCAAUAAAAAUUAAAUUAUCUUCAAGAAGGACAACCGAACCA